AUGCUCCGCACCGCCGCUUCGAGACAGACAAUGGCAUCACGCGACUCACGCCAAUCAUUGCCGCUUACCUCGGGCACCCCCUGCUUCUUGCCUACAACCAUGGGCAAGACACAUAAGAUGAAUGAUCGUGACCAUGCCGGUCUCGCUGACGGAACUGCCUCUCCAACUGAACAUCUUCCUCGAUACUUCGCAAAGGCUGGUUAUGUUGACGCCGAUCCAAAGAAGACGAAGAAGAAUGGCGCAGGCAAGGGCGGAUGGGGAGUCAAUGGAGAAGAGGUCCAAGAUGAAGGCUUCAAUCUUAACAACGCCCGACGCCGUUCCAACAGUAGCAGCUACACUGCAGGUUUGAAAGACUUCAAGACCAAAUUUGAGACGGUCGAGACCGAACCAGUUUUUGAGGAGGACAUCCACGGCGCUACCGAAGAGGAAGCGGAGUUUUCGGAAGCUCGUCGUGUUAACACAGAGAGUUCCGUUAGCAGUGUCGACGAUGAUGAUAAGAAGAGCCUCUAA